AGCAAUGAAAUUACGUUGCCUUGCUUUCGCGUUAUUACCGCUCACUUUAUCGAUUACUUCGCUUGUCCUUUGUGAGAAAACGACGCAGCAACAUUUCGAAGAGGGCGAUGAACAUUUUAUGAAAGGAAAUUACGAUGAAGCCUUGAAAAGCUUCGAUGCUGCGAUUAGUCAAGACCCUACAAAUUAUCUGUACAUUUUCAAACGCGCAGCGACAUAUAUGCAGUUGAAGCAAAGUUCCGCUGCCGUCCAGGAUUUUACGAAAAUACUGAAGCUGAACCCAGACUUCGAGCCGGCAUUGUUACAACGCGCAAAAUACUUCUUGAAGGAAGGUUCUCUGAAUGAAGCCAAAGUAGAUUUACAGAAGAUAUUAGAUAAGAAGGAAAACGUUGAGGCUAGCAACUCGCUUAAAUCGAUUACCGUGGCGGAGAAUUUGAUAGAGGAAGCUGAUGAUGCUUUAAAGACAAAUAAUUAUGAAGCUUGUAUAGAAAAAAUUUCUAAAGCAAUAAAAAUUUCAUCAAAAUCUCCGCGCUUAAGACUAACGAGGGCCCAGUGUCAUUUAGAAAAGGGCGAGGUUGAUGAAGCCGUACGAGAUUUAACCGCUGCUUCGCAGCUUAAACCUGAUGAUUCAAAUCUAUUGAUCCGUCUUUGUCGUCUCAACUACUUUUCACUUUACAACAUCGAACAAGCACGUAAUAAUAUUAAGCAAUGUUUGCGGUAUGACCCAGAACUGAAAUCGUGUAAAAGUCUUCAUAGACUGAUUAAAAAGUUUGAGAAAGAAGUUGAGACAGUUAGCAAUGGCAUAGAAGGAAAAAGAUGGCAAGCAUCAAUCAACAAGUUAAUGGGACUUGGUUCUAGUAAAGGACAAGGUCUCAUAGCUGAAGUCGAAAAUGAGUUCAAAAAUACGAAAGAGGGACUUCAAAAAAAAGAAUUAAUAAUAAAAUUGUAUAGUUGGACAUGUAAAGCGUAUCAAGAGUUGAAGAACAGCAAAAAAGCAUUGGAGUGGUGUAGUAACACUUUGGAAUUGGAUGAAAAUAAUGUAGAAGCAUUGAUCAAUCGAGCUGAAGCAUACAUAAGUACUGAAGAUUACGAAGCGGCACUAAAAGAUUAUACCAAGGCUUUCGACUUAACGCAGGGUAAUGAUAAUCGGGUAGUACAAGGUCGAAAGCAUGCGGAUAAAUUAUUGAGACAAUCUAAGAAGAAAGACUACUAUAAAAUAUUAGGUGUUCCCAGGACAGCUAAUAAAAAGGAGAUCAAACGAGCAUACAGGAAAUUGGCUCAGGAAUGGCAUCCAGAUAAAUAUAAAGGCGAUCUAACACCGGAACAAGUAGAUUCAAAAAUGAGCGCAAUUAACGAAGCAUAUGAAGUGUUGAAUGACGAUGGCAAGUUUGAUAAUGGUGAGGAUCCGAAUGAUCCUAAUGGUGGAAGCCAACCAUUCUUUUAUUCUGACAAUGCCUUCAUGAGGUUUGCCAGUGGUGGUUUUCAAUUUGGAGAAGGGUUUCCCUUUGGUGAAAGCAAUGGUGAAGGACAAUAUCAAUUCCGAUUCAACUUCUAA